UUCCAGAUAAACACAUUAGAAAGUCGUAAUGGAUGAAGUUGAUAUUGACACCGAAACUGUACACCGGCAGUUAGGUCGAGAUGAUGAUAAUGAUAGCAUCAGUAGAAGCAGUUCUGAAUCAAAGGAAGAGCGAGCAUUAGUAAUACAACGUGGUCUGUUGGCUGAACAGCACUGGUUCCAAAAUUUGGAAACCAUCGGGAUUUUUGUGAAGCUGGAAAAUAUUUUACGGGCAAUUUGUAGAAGGAUGAAUUUGUCUGCUAAAGUGGAUUCAUCAAUUAAGCUGGGAGCAGAAAAUCCGACAGCGGAAAAACUUUCGUUGGUGCAACGAACAGGAGUGGAAGUAUUUAAAUGUUCUGUUAUGUUGCUUGGCGAGAAUGUUAUACAAACUGAGGUAAUAAUAAAAUAUCCGAAAAUGUCUGGUGGCGUUUACCGCGGAACUGCACAACCCGAUGUACAAUGGAAACUGCAGCAGUUGCAAGAUGCCGAUAAUUACUAUGUUCAGGCUCUGAGCGUGCUUGUUCAGAAACUGAAGUGGAUCAGGCAGAUAUCACCUGAUGAUAUGAGUAAGGUGUCAUCCACCGUCAUCACUAUUGUGGCUAAGGUGACAAAUCUGAUUGGACAAGCGCGUUCAACAUUAUGCAUGCCAGAAAAGCAUACAUUGCUGGAGCUAUGUAAUUCAGCCAUAACACGUUGUUUCCAUCCACCCCUACCGCCUGAUUUGGUUUUCUCAUACUAUAUAAAUACAAAUCGCCUUGUCUGUGCUGCUUAUCAAGCCACACCGAAAACUAAUGGUGCUCAAGGUUUAACAGUUAUCUUAACGGACUGCUUGCUUCCGCAGCUCAUGGAUGUUCUGUUUUUAACAGAUCAAGCUUUGAACGUAGCGCAACAAUUCAACUAUAAUAUGUCCAUGCUUAGGGAACGAAUAAAUACAUACAACCAUUUUCAUUCCUGAUUUUGAUCUUAGUUUUAACCAGUACUCGUCGAUAAUUCAGGGAAGGAUUUUGAUUAAAAGUUGACGAAAUUUUCAAAAUAUAUUUCAUGGUUUCAUGUCCCAUCUUUUUAUUUUCGCUUUCCUUCGAAAUACUGAGUUCGCCUUUCCAGAGCACGGAUCAGCUUCGGAAGAAAACCUAAAACAAAGAAGCAUUGGGUGGGUGCACUGUCUGCGCUAUUGGCUGCUUUUUCAUACCAAUUUUUGUAGAUACCACAUUAAGUUGUCUCCUUUAUGAAGAUAUUUAAUAAUGCAU